CUUAAGAGUUACCUAUCUAGGAUAGCUCUCUAUUGGGGAGGGUUGGCAGCAACCUGGCAUGCUUUGCCUUCUCAUCUUCUUCAUUGCCAUUUCUUCUUUGAUUUUGAUUUAUUCACAUUAAUACUUUUCCAUCAAUCUUUGUUUCUCCAUUAUCCCAUACCCCAAAUUUCUAUUUUCUAGAUCUACUUCGUUUUUGCUUAAUUUAUACUUUAAAAAGAAAAAAGAAAAAAAAAAACCAUGUUCCAGCAGGAAAAGGUCUGAACACGGUAACCAAUUUCCACAAAUCUGGUGUUCAGAAGUAUAAAAUCCCUUUUCCUUGAGGUUUUUUAGGGGAGGUUUGGUGGGGAAAAUGAAGGUGUCCGUGUCUCUGAAUAAUUCUGAAAAAAAUUUAUGGGAUCCUUUGAGAAGUCCAUCGGUGCCACCUAUUUCGCCGGCAGGGAUACAGAGUAGAGCCUUGCCUAGGCUAAUGGUAUGGCUGCUUGUGUUUGUCUCCGCUACCUAUUUAGUGUACUCACUGAAGCUGCUUUCCUCUUCUCACGGUUGUAACGAAGAUAUUUUCACUCUCCGUCACAAUACCAUAAAAUUGGUUUCGGUCCAAAAUGCCACAAUAUAUCCUCUGCAAAUGGCCAUGGAAUCAGAAGAACGCGUUGAAAAAACCGGAUUGCAACACAUAGUUUUCGGCAUUGGGGCGUCAGCCAAGCUGUGGAAAAAGCGGAAGGAGUACAUAAAGUUAUGGUGGAAGCCCGAAAUGAGGGGCGUAGUUUGGCUCGACACCCGUUUGAAAGAACACCCCAAUGAGACUGAGAGCCUCCCAGAACUGAGAAUCUCGGCCGACACUUCGCGUUUUCCUUACAAGAAUAAGCAGGGACACCGGUCCGCCAUUCGGAUUUCUCGAAUUGUAUCGGAGACAUUAAAAUUGGGAAUGGAGAAUGUGAGAUGGUUCGUAAUGGGAGAUGAUGAUACUGUAUUUGUGACUGAUAAUUUGGUUAGGAUUUUGAACAAAUAUGAUCAUAAUCAGUAUUACUACAUUGGGAGUUUGAGUGAGAGCCAUUUGCAGAACAUUUAUUUCUCUUACGGAAUGGCUUAUGGUGGUGGUGGAUUUGCCAUUAGCUACCCUUUAGCUAAGGCUCUAGAGAAAAUGCAGGAUAGGUGCAUUCAGAGGUACCCUGGAUUGUAUGGUUCUGAUGAUAGGAUGCAGGCUUGUAUGGCUGAACUCGGUGUCCCACUCACUAAAGAACUUGGUUUUCACCAGUAUGAUGUGUAUGGGAACCUAUUUGGGCUCUUAGCCGCGCAUCCCGUCACCCCAUUGGUGUCAUUGCACCACCUCGAUGUGGUGGAGCCGAUCUUUCCCAAUGUUACUCGAGUCCAAGCUCUCAAGCGGUUGACAAUUCCAUUAAAACUCGACUCUGCUGGUCUAAUGCAACAAUCUAUUUGUUAUGACAAAGUGAAUAGUUGGACCGUUUCAGUUUCUUGGGGCUUUGCCAUUCAAAUAUUUCGUGGGGUGUUGUCGCCCCGGGAGAUAGAGAUGCCAUCGAGAACCUUCUUGAACUGGUAUAAAAGAGCAGAUUACACCGCUUAUGCAUUCAACACGAGGCCUGUUAUGCGAAACCCCUGCCAGAAACCCUUUGUGUUUUAUUUCUCAAAUGCUAGAAUGGAUUCUCGGAUGAAUCAAACAGUGAGUGAGUACCAUAGGCAUAAAGUCCCUCAUCCCGUCUGCAAAUGGAAGAUGGCCAAUCCUGGUAAAGUUGAUCAAGUCGAAGUGUACAAGAAGCCUGACCCGCAUCUCUGGGAUCGGUCUCCGAGAAGAAACUGUUGCCGAGUCAUGGAGUUGAAGAACAAAAGAAUGGCGAUCGAUGUGGGUAUGUGCAGGGAAGGUGAGAUCAGUGAAGUAUAAUCUUUCUUGUACCUCCCUUCGUCCAUUUGAUUAUUUACUGUAUUCCUUCAAUUUGUUCGGUUCAAGUCUUCAAAUUACUUGUCCUAGUGAACGAAGAAUUGCCGAGGGAGAAGGCGAAUCAAUGUAAAAACAUUGUAUACGAUUACUGAAUCUGUGUUCUCAAGAAUUUGGUAAUAUUAGUUCCAUUUUUGCUAAUA